AUGCGGUGCGGUGGUCUCUCGCGAGCUUCGGCGCUUCGCGCAACCGAUCCGCUGUUGUGGUUUGGUGGGUGGUGGAAGGGGGGAGGGCGGCGGCGUGGGAAGGAUCUCGCCGCCGCCCAACAACACUACGCCGCGACGCAGCAUUUUAUUCAAAACGCCGCCGCCGGGUUGGGAGGAAACACCGCCCUCGGCGAUUUCCCCUCUCAAGGAAGUUUGAAUGGCGAUUCCCACAACGAUGGGCAGUCCUAUGGAGGAAAUCCUUCUUCCAGGGGCUCACCCAACAACCCCCAUCGGGUGGAUCAAGACGGAAAAAUCCAACGAGGGGGUGGUUUCGAGGCCCACCUGCAGAGCGCGUCGAAGGAGAACACCAUCGAUGAUCUCUUUCGCGAUCAUUCCGCGCAUUUCACCGGAGGGAAACGACUUCCCCUCAUUUAUGAAAUUGAAGCUCGGCAACGAGCCCAGCGCCAGGCCGAUCUCGAACGGCAAAAAGAAGAGCAACAUAGCGAGCACUUCGACGAGUGGAAUAUGCCGCGUGAGGCGGACAACCCUCAGCGCCCGCGCGCCGAUUGGGAGUUCACCCCAACACCCGAGCACAAAUCCCUCAUUUUACUGCUUUAUCGCAAUAUUUUGAAGGGUUUGAUGGAUUUUAAGAGUGUGCGCAAGCGGAGUAUGAUCGCGUACGCCCGCUUUGCGUUUCGUCGCCGCGCGAACGCGACGGAGAAGUACCUGAUUGACGAGUGUGUGGAGGAGUGUCGGCGGGCGAUUUAUGUGCUCGAAAAGCACCGCAACUUCACCCGUACGCGCACUUAUGAGUUCGAUACCAUGACGAUGCCCAAGGAUACCGGGCAAGAUGUGAAAACGUACAUGGAGGAGGUCUACGACCCCGAGAUCUCGCGGAUGCAAUUCCAGAACUUCACGGAUGUGCAGCCGGGAAAGGAGCACCUGCACAAACAAGGCCUCGGCCCAGCUAGCGGGGCAAACCAUUGGAAAAAACAGCGAUCUCUCGGUCAGUAUAAUGUAGAAAUACGCGAGGAGGAUAAAACGCUGCGUCCACCACCACCGCCGGAAAUGUCGAAAUGA